UACAACUCCGUGCCUCUAAAAUGUAAUCUGGUCAGGAUCCAAAGCUGAUGACAAAGCAGUGUGUUGUUGUGUGGUGGCAAGUGCUGAGUUGUCAGCCCUGCCCCGUGUGAGUCUCCCGCUCCCCGCACCUUUCUCCUUGAACCCUGUCCUCUCCUGUUCACAGAGGCGCUCCGUCGACACCCUCCCUACGUGCCGACAGACCACUUCCCCGCACCGCAUGUGACCGAUAUCGUCAGUGAGAGAAUCUUCCUGUGGUGCCGCUGCGACCCAUAGUCCGGGCUCAUGCGGCAGCGGCAUGGCUGAGCCCCGGCCCGACCCCAACACCCUCUGCCUCUUCGACGUGGAUGGGACCCUCACUCCAGCCAGGCAGAAGAUCGCUCCUGAGCUGGACGAGUUUUUCCAGGGACUGAGGAAGAAGGUGAAGAUUGGUGUUGUGGGAGGCUCAGAUUACGCCAAGAUAGCAGAGCAACUGGGGGAAGGAGAAGAAGUCAUUCAGAAAUUUGAUUACGUCUUUGCUGAGAAUGGGACGGUCCAGUACAGGGAUGGGAAGUUCGUCACGAAGGAGGCCAUCCAGGACUACCUGGGCGAGGACUUACUCCAGGAGCUGAUUAACUUCUGCCUGGGCUACAUGUCUGACAUCAGACUCCCUCGCAAAAGGGGGACUUUCAUUGAGUUUCGGAAUGGCAUGUUGAACAUCUGUCCCAUUGGCAGGAGCUGUUCUUUAGCAGAGCGUCUCGAAUUCUCCCAGAUUGACAAGAAGGAGAAGAUCAGAGAGAAGUUUGUGGCGGCUUUGCAGAAGGAGUUUGCCGGCAAAGGGCUGAACUGUACAAGAGGAGGCAUGAUCAGUUUUGACAUCUAUCCUGAGGGUUGGGACAAGCGCUACUGCCUGGAUAUCUUGGAAAAGGAUGGAAUUAAAACUAUCCACUUCUUCGGGAAUGAGACUGAUCCGGGUGGGAAUGACCAUGAGAUCUUUCAUGAUCCCAGGACAAUUGGAUACACCGUUGUGUCACCGGAGGAUACAGUCAGACUAUGCAAAGAACUCUUCAUGCACGAAUGAGCCACACACAACCUAUCCCAGACCUCGACCCAAGGGUAUCUUCCACAGGACUUCAUGGAAACUUGAAUGUAGAAUGUUCCCCUGUAGAAUCUAGGACAUGGCUCCAUGAUAUCACUGUGACAAUUCCAUAUCAGCACGUCAUGGCAAUACUACUUGAAUUAUUUGACACUUGCCCACAAUCAAGUCCAGUUAUCAUUCUGUGUGCACAAGACCCAACUGGAGCUGGGAGAGUGCGCUUGCAACGUGCUCCCCAGCACCGCCUAAUGGCCAGUAACUAACACUACACUGUGACUGUUGACAUUAGCAUAUCUGAGCAGGAAGUGUUGGGAAAACCAUCUACAGUGCUGUGUGUUGACAGAAAGCACGGCCCAAAAUAUGGUGACAAAUGUGAAUUUAUUCUCCUUGGUAGGAAUGAAAGAAAUAAAAAAUAUUUUUUUAAACAGUGAGAGACUCGUAAAUGUUAGUGUG